UUUUUUUUGUGAUUUGGGAAUUAGUUUACUUUGCAAAUGGCGACCAUUCAAAUCAAGUUUCUGCCCGAGUGUUUUACUAUAUACCAAUAUGAACGUCAACAUGAAGUUUCAGCCGAGAUUCUGAAGGCACCAUGGUAUACUAUUUCCAAAACCAAAUCUGAGCUGUCAAUUAUUCUGCCCAGUGAGUAUAGCAUAAGCGAUCCAGCUAUAGCGACAGAGGAUGGUUGGCGUAUGUUUCAAGUCGAUGCGCAAAUGGAUUUUGCACUUGUGGGUAUUUUAGCUAGAAUUGUGUCUCCCCUGAAAGAUGAACAGAUUCCUGUAUUUGUCGUUAGCACGUAUGAUACAGAUUAUAUCAUGGUCAAGGAGGACAAAUUAACACAAGCUAUCAAGGUCCUGAAUGAACAACCGAAUAUCGUUGUGAAACCAGGAGAGUCUGUUCUUUGAACUCCCCACCUCAUACUUUCCUUCU